AGGACUACUCUACAAUAAAGGCUCGGUUACUUUGUCUCCUCGUCGAAGAGGGUACCGAAGAAGAUCGAAGAUGCCGUUACGAUAUCUUCUCAGUUUUCUGGCCAAUGAACAAGUCGUUGAAAGACUUGCUAAUUCAUACCCCAUUCGUCGUCUGGCUCAGCUGACACAUUACACCUACAGACAGGUAACACUGUGGGGUAAUGAUGCUCUUGAUAAAGCUGUCAAAUCUAGGGAGGCUCCAGAAAAUGUUAAGAAAAACAGCCAGAUGUCAAACAGAGUUGUCUCCUUCUCAAGGAAUUUUUUCAAAAAUGUUCAGGAAGAGAUAGAUAAGAUCCAACAGAAACCAAGACAGUGACAUCAUCACCUGUCCAUUGGUAGUCUUGUGUGAAAUCUUGAGGAGGUUAACCUUUUACCUUUUUGUUCUAGAACAAAAUGGAGAAAGUUAGGAACUUAUGAGAUGGUUGUUUAAAAGUGACAGGGUGCAAAGAAAAUUGAUGUUUCAGCUUGCCCUAUGGAACCAUUUCCAGCUAGCCCUAAACCUCUUCAUACCAGCCUUUCUUCAUCUGCAGACAAAAAAGUGUCAAUCUUUUACUUGCCCUUUAAGCAAGUAAUAUAUUAAAUUCAUCAGAUCAAGCGGAAGAUCAGCUUGCCUUGGGCUAAUGGUCAAGACUCUCUCUGCAUGCUGCUUGAACCCUGCAUUGUGGGUUAUUUUCCAGUUGUUUCAACUUGCAAGACCAUGGGACCAAAGAAAUGUGAACAGACAAAAGGAAAUUUAAGUUCCCUUUUUCCAGAGGAUAUUAUUAAACUUCAAAAGAAUCAUUUGAAAAAUAUAUGUAAAUGCAAAGAGGAGCAUGAUAAUGUUAAUUUUUGGAUGUUGCUAACCUUUGAAAACUGGUUUUCAACAGACAAGCCUAACCUUACUGAACCACUAGUGAAAUGAAGGGAUAUUUUUUUUUACCAUUGAUGUUUGUUUUCUUGUCUUAAAAUUUUUCUGGGCUGGAAUGUUCAGUACAGAUGAUGGCCAAAGUCAAAAUGCCCUUGCAGACUCCAACAUACCGUAAGUGGAAAAUUUUCUUUUGCUGCAAAUUCUUAUGUGGUAAAACUGGGGUUUUUAACUCUUACAGGUGGAACCAUUAGAUAAGAUUAUAAAGGAGCCUAUAGGAAGUUGACAAGAAAAAAUAAUACCCGUUGACUAUGUUAAUGUUUAAGAUAUUUUGUGUAAAUAUUGAUGCAUAUCUGAAUCUUUGAAUUGCAAAGUGGAUUACAAGUGGCUAGAUAUCAAAAUGGUCUAAUCCUUAUCAUGUCACGGUUUCCUAAAUAGUUUUCCUCAGAAAAUUCACACAAGAUACUGUCAUACUAUCAAGUACAUGCGUAGAACGAUGUUGUAUUUCUCAGACUGCAUAAGAACAAUUUUGUCAGCCACCUUCAUUGUUUUUCAGAUCAUAAACAUGACUGUGGUAGCAAUGUA